AUGUCUAAAAUUAGAGCAUUUCUAAAAGGAGCAACAAAAAGAUCAGAAGUUGAAAAAUUAGUCAAUCAAGAUUGGUAAAAAGCAGAAUAUGCAGGUGUUGGCAAAAAAGAUUUUGUAAUUAUAUAAUAUAUAUAAUAAGAUUGCCUUUACUUUUGAAUUUGAAGAAAAUUGUAUUGGAAAAUUUGCACUUCCUGUAUAAUACCAAGAAACAAAUACUUAUUCAUUUAAAUUUGAUAUUAAUCCUAGAACAGGAUUUGAUGAUUGGGCUCCAAUUGAAUAAAUUCCUUAAUCUGAUUAAGAAGUUAUGCAAUAUAAAAAUUGGGAUUACCCUCAAUUAGUAUAUCAUCCACCACUUUUAUAAUAAGUAGUUUUUAGAGAUGGAGCUGAAGAAGAAAAGGCAGUAAAAGGGAAAAUGGGUCCAAUUCAAAAUAUUUUAUCAACUAAUCAGAAAUUAGAAGAAACUAUUAAAAUUGUGAUGCAAAAGCCUCCAGAAUAUGAAGGAGUUUAAUUAUUAUUACCUCAUAAAACUCUUUAAUGCUAUUUGCCAUAGGAUACUUGUAAUCUAAUUGAAACUUCAUUUUUAUUAAAUUAUAGAACAAUAUCUAAUAUAGGAUCAGAUUUAGAUCUUGAAGCUUCUAAAAAUAAUUCAAUAAUAAAACAAGAAAUUAGUAAUAGAUAGCCAGGAUAUAAUAAUUUAAAUUUACUAUAUGAAUUAAAAUUAGAUUAAUUUUAUUAUUAAGAGAGAAAUAUGUAAUUAGCUUAUGAUUUUGGAUUUGAGGAUUAAAUUGAAUUAUAUUGUGCUUCAUUAAUGCAUGACAAAGAAAAAGAUGAUUAUAUAACAGAUGAUAGUGAUGAAGAGAGACCACCUUAGCCAGUUCUUGUAGAUCAUAAUGAAUGGCUUACAAAGUUAGAAUAAGAUGAUAAAGCACUUUAACCAUUUAAAUAAGGGGAAAUUAUAGAUCAAUAAGAAUUACUUAAGAAUAAAAUAGAUACAAAUUUAAUGUAUAUAAUUAUUAAAAAUGAAGGUUUGAAAAAAAUAAAUGGAUCUCUACUGUUCCUUCUAAGACAAACGAUUACAACAAAUUUAUUAUAAAAAAUGAGAAUAAAAUCAUUAUCUUAUGA